AUGAAAAUCCCGAUGAAAGUUGACUAUGGCGUCCGGGCCCUGGUAGAGUUGGCAAUGCACCACGGCAAUGGUCCGGUGCCGACCUCUGAAAUCGCUUCCAAGCAGGGGAUUCCCGAGUCCUACCUGGUUCAGCUUAUGUCCACUCUGAACCACUGCGGGUACGUUCAGAGUCGUCGCGGCCCCCAGGGUGGCCAUUCAUUAGCAAUGGAUCCGUCCGACAUAAACUUACACAUGAUAAUGACUACGCUGGACGGCAACAGUUCUCCACUGGACUGCCUGACUUAUGUUUCGGACUGUAUUUUUGCAGAUUCUUGCGCCCAGCAGGAAAUUUGGAAGUCCGUUGAAGAAGCGAUUGAAAGUGUGUUGGCCAACAUUACCCUUGAACAUCUGGCCAGGCGCCAGGAGUACCUCUCCGCACAGGGCGUAUAG